AUGCAAUCAACCUCUAUUAGUUCUGAUAUUUCUUCCCAACAGGACCUGAUGACUGAAAAAAAUCCAACUGUUAGCGAUAAAGAAAUUGAUACGAAUUAUCAAAAAAUGGAUGACAAAUUAGAAAAUUUGAAUUAUUUUGAUGAGGCUUCAGAAUCGACCCAAAAUCAAAAAGAAAUAAUGCCUUUGCAAAUUUCCGUAUUUGAAAAUACAUCCAAAAGUCUAUUGCCUAACUCACCAUCAAAUGAACAAACUAUUCAUAUUAAUGUGCCAAAUGAAAACACCAGUCAAGAAAUAAUUGACAAAACAAAAGAACUUAUUAAUAAUAGUGAACCACUGCCUAAAAACGAUGAUAAUAACAAUAUUCAAAUUGAAAGUAAUAAUAUGGAGCUUGUUUCUACCAAUGUUCAAGAAGUUAAAAACAACACAAACGUUUCUACAAAUGAACAACAAACUUUACAACAACAAAAUUUCAAUACUACUAGUUCUAGUUGGAAUACCCAACCUAAUAAUCUAGAUAACACUGAUCAAAAUUUUGAUAGAGAGCAUCACCAUAAGUUUCAUGCUGAAUUCCAAGCUCUGCCUCCAGGAUCUCGUUUAUUUUUGGGAAAUUUGUCCACUCAUUCAACUUCCAAAAGGGAGCUUUAUGACAUUUUUUCUCCUUAUGGAGAAGUUUUUGAAAUAUCUAUUAAAAAUAGUUUUGGUUUUAUCCAAUAUGAUAAUCCAGAGAAUGCUGAAUUCCAAGCUCUGCCUCCAGGAUCUCGUUUAUUUUUGGGAAAUUUGUCCACUCAUUCAACUUCCAAAAGGGAGCUUUAUGACAUUUUUUCUCCUUAUGGAGAAGUUUUUGAAAUAUCUAUUAAAAAUAGUUUUGGAUUGGAGGUUUCUCGUGGUAAGCUACAUCGCCAUUCACAAAAUCAUGAUAAAACCAAUUUUGGCCAUCAUCAUGAAAAACGAUUGGAGGUUUCUCAUGGUAAGUUACAUCACCGUUCGCAAAAUCAAGAUACUGGGCAUAAAAAUAAUUUUGGGCAUCAUCAUGAAAAACGUUGGAAUCAAAGAGGCGGAAAUAAAAAUAAUUGGCAUAAUAAUAACAAAAGAGAAUAUUCACCCGCCAGAGGACAUCAUACUCAAACCCAUAAUAAUUGGCAUUAUAAUAAGGAAGGCAAUGAAAGAAGACAUAGCCGUGAUUCAUAUAGGGAGGAUCACCGUGACCAAAAAAACUCCCAUAGAUCUAAACCAUAUAGAGUUCCUAAUAGAGAUUAUUCAGAACAAAAACAAAGUCGAGAUAAUAGGUCACAAUUACAUGACAAGGCUAAUGAUGAAUUUCCUUUACCUAGAAGGCAAGGCAAUGCGGUACCAGAAUGUCAAAUAAUUGUCCUUGAAGAAGUUGAUCGGAAUUAUUUGUGGCAAGCAGAGAAUGCUUUCAGAGAAGCAAAGAUCUCUGUUCACACACUUCAUUUAUCUAGAAAACUUCAAAUUCAAGCAGUUGUUCGUCAAAUGAUUGUAGAAGGCGUGCAUGCGGUUGUCUUUUUAGAAAGAGCCCUUAUAAUGAAUGGUAGGGUUAAUAUGCAAAUUUUUGAACAUCAACGUUCUCAAGAUAAUGUAAAAUAUGAUGAAUAUAACAAUAUUAGAAUAGAAGAUGCAGUUGGAUUAUUGUCUCGAGCUCAUGUUUCAUCGGUCCCUAACAAUAUGUUAACUGGUGGGCAACAAAUUUUACCUCAAACACAAAAGGCUGCCCCAAUUAUAGAACAGCCAAAUGCAUUAAAUAUUAAUCCAAUUUCAUUAAAUAAUGUUAAUUUUGCCGCACUUGCUAAUUUGCUUGUAGUUUCACCUGGUACCAAUUUACAACAUCAGCCAGGUUUUAUGUCUGCACAACCACAAAAUUUUGAUGUACAACAAAUACUUGGAAAUUUGGCGCCUGCAAAUGCUCCAAAUCAACAACGAUAUACGCAAGUGUUCCCUCAUAAUACUAUGCCUUUUAAUACUUCAAUGAUUAACCAGCAUAAUGUUAACAAUCCAAAUGUUAUGCCUCCUCCUCAGCCUAAUAAUACUCUUCCUUUACCUCAACAUCAACCCCAACAUGUUGCACCAAAUUUACAACAGUUUCAUAAUCAAAUUCCUGCAAACUAG